GACAGCAGCACAAUCCUCAAUAUGACAGAAUGUGUCAAAAACUGCUGCAGGACAUUUACGUCCAAGAAAAAUGAACCAGAGAUUCAGAUGAUUAAGGUUCGACCUCCUGGUAAAUUAACUGCUGAGUCUAAUGUGAAGAAGAAUGUUGGAGUAUCAGAGGAUUAUCUGCUGUCUAAACUGCCUCCGGACAGCCGGGAGGUUCCAUUCAUCAUCCCAACCUUCAAACCCUCCUACAUCCAGCCGAGAGGAUCACAGUACUCUGGCUACAACAUUGGGCAACAGAGUGCCACAAGGACCACUUUUGCAGAAAGGAAGGCAGAGCUCGCAGGAGCCGGUCAAAUGAUGUAUGACCCUGAUUUGACCUUAAACAGCAGUCAUAUGAUCAGCUACGUGUCACCAGGCUCAGUGAGACGCUCCACUCUGAAAAACAGACCCAACAACAGUCCUGGCACAGGUUUGGAACACAGUGGCAAACAGAGACUCAGUCUCUCCAUGUAUGAUUUGUCAAACCCUCAGAGCCACAUAGAGCGUUAUGAUUCUGUAUCCAGUGUCCAGAGCAGCACAUCAUCCAUUCAGGAUUCCUUUGGGAGCAGCCGUAGUCUAGAGUCCAUCACGCUGUCUGGUGAUGAGCGGGAUUUUGAGCCGGGAAAAGUGUGUGUGCACGUGAAGUAUGAAGAGGCAGUGGAGCAGGUGUGGAUCACCUUAGUGAAGUGUAUGGAUUUGAGUGUGUAUAGUGAUGGGGUGGAGGUGCAGAAGAUUGGGGUCAAAGGAGUCAUCACCAUGACCAAGCCAGUGCGAUUUAAGAGCACCAUCAAGGAAGCAUCAGCAGACACUGUCUUCAUGGAGACAUUCGUGUUCACUCUUAACUUAGAGCAGAUACGCAGAUCUGCACUGGUGCUGCGCCUGCAGGCUCACACACCACGUAAGCGUACACUGGGAGAGUGUGUAUUAUCUCUGCGAACCCUUGGACCGGAGGAAACAAAGCACUGGCUGGAGUUCAAGCCUCACUCUAAAACACAUGUGUGUCAUGCUGAGCUUCAGCUGGCCUUGUGCUUCCAGCCAGUGAACAGUCGAAUGCAACUCCAGAUCCUUAGUGCUCAAAACCUUCCAUCAUCUUCCUCACCACUUACACAGAGUUUCUUUGUGAAGGUUGAGUUGUUGAGUGAGGGUAGGGUCUUACUGAAGAGGAAGACGAAGGUGAUGAAGUCAUCAGGGGGGCAGAUCCAAUGGGGCGAAGUGCUUCACUUGCCCAUCACCAAUCAGGACCAGAAUCUGCAGCUGGCAGUCAAACUCUACAGCCGUGGCUCUGUUCGGAGAAAACACCUGCUUGGACAGGUCCUCUUGGGUUUUGACAGCAGUUCUACUGAGGCAGUGGAACAAUGGAGGGAUUCCAUGGCUAAUCCUGAAAAAGUGGUGACGUCUUGGCACAGACUAAGUCGACUCUAAAGUGAGAGGAAGAAGAA